UUUCCUGUUGAUCGCCAUGAACGCUGUUCUAUCCGUCAACGCGUUAUUUUCUUCAGCAGCAGUAAAGGCUUGCGGGCAUGUAGGCAAGAGCCACAUAGGCAAGGCAUGCUCGUAUUCCGUGAAAACCAAGAACGGUCAUAUGACUAUCCAUUUCUCUUGCUUAGCUUGUUCGGAGAGGAGCGACAUUCACUUCUCUCUGAGUAUAGACGGUG